AACAUAUUUCCGCGGCACUGCUCAACUUUAAAUAUGUCUGUGCACUCAGCAACGAAAACAGAAAGACAGAACUAUUCUGUCUCUAAACUCAAUUAUGUGAAAGAUCCCUGUUUUUCUGAAAACCAGAUUGCCCUGCAAUGUCUUGCAGUACACCACAGAGCCUAUUGUUCUGUACAUCAGGAGAACUACAGAGUAUGUCGGGACUUCUGGAAAAAGGAACAAGAGAGAAGAAGAAAAAGAGGAGAAACCCCGUAUCUUCCACCGCCGGCGGAAAGAGAAGAAAUACUCAGAAUACAUCGACAAAACUCUAAAUAGAGUUAAGGAAGGAAACGAAAAGUCCUAAUCUUGAUUCAAACUGGCAAGAUUGAAUCUCUAUAUGCGUAAAAAUAUAAAAAUAUGCUUACUUAUAUUUGAAAAUUUUGUUGAUUCAGAGCAAAGCAGUAAAAAAUGUAUUAUUACCUAUACAAUUUUCAAUACAUUUAAGAAAUAAGACUACUGUAAAACGCGAUUUUCUCCUCUGAAAAAGACAAAAUAUUCAGAAAGAAAAAAUUGUAUUAUUUUUCUACUAAUUUUUGUGAUUUGUUAUUUUGAUUUUUAAAUU